AUGGUCACUCGAAAGAAGGGCAGGGCUGCGGCCCAAAGCAAGGGCGAUGUGGUGAUGACUCCUGCGGGCCAGGAUGCAAAAGUCAAAAAAACAAUCAACAAGAGCCGCCGGCGCAAGGCGACAACGGCUCCAGCCAAGGCGGCACCGGAAUCAAGGCGCCAGCGAGGGCGGCGGCGGGUUGAAAAAGUUGCUUCGGGCUGCGCUGUGUUGCAGGAGCUGCGAAAGCGACAGGCCGAAGAGUGGAAGUCCAUGAAGGCGAAAGUGGCAGCUCUCAAGAAGGAUCGGCAGAAGCUGCCCACGCGAGGCAGCAAGGAGAAGCGGCAGGCCUUGAACCAAGACAUCCGCCGACUGCAGGAAGACAUGCAGGUGAGGCAUAUGGCGGAGCUUCGGGCUGCGGGUCUCGAAGCGACCACGAAGGUGCUCGGUGGGAGCUUUUCCGGGACCCUGGAUCUGUUGCCUUGCGGAUUCAUACAUUCAGCAACCCAUAGGACCAAAACCAGUAAGCCCACAAGGCGUGGCAGGUUGCGGUGUCAUAGUCAUAGCACCGGCCCGAGCACGUCCGCUGCAGGAAGACAUGGAGCUCUGAGUACUGCCGAAGUGCGGCAACGAGCUCCCCUUGCGACACAAAGCCAGCCAGCGCCGAGCCGAAAGAAAGUGUUGCUUGUGUGA